UCCCCCCACCCCCUCCACCGGGCGUCCCACGAAUCCAGGCUGAGUCCGUGCGCCUUUAAGAACCGUACAUCCCGCUGCACUAAAUCUCCAUCGCUGCUCGGCGAAAACAAGAACGCAAACCACGGCCAUGUCCGCCAGCUCCGCUUUCAACGACGAGAAGGGGGGCUCGUCCAGUGUCGGGGAGCCGGAAUAUGGUCACGACCCGGCGAGCGGGGGGAUUUUCUCCUCCGACUACAAAAGGCACGACGACUUGAAGGAGAUGCUGGACAGCAACAAAGACUCGCUGAAGCUGGAGGCGAUGAAGCGCAUCGUAGCCAUGAUCGCUCGCGGUAAAAACGCCUCCGAUCUCUUCCCCGCUGUGGUGAAAAACGUGGCCUGUAAAAACAUCGAGGUGAAGAAGCUGGUCUAUGUUUACUUGGUGCGUUAUGCUGAGGAGCAGCAGGAUUUAGCUCUGCUCUCAAUUUCCACGUUUCAACGAGGCUUAAAGGACCCGAACCAGCUGAUCAGAGCCAGCGCUCUGCGCGUCCUCUCCAGCAUCCGAGUCACUAUUAUCGUUCCGAUUAUGAUGUUGGCCAUUAAAGAAGCUGCGUCGGACAUGUCGCCGUACGUCAGGAAGACGGCGGCGCACGCCAUUCCCAAACUGUACAGUUUGGAUCCAGAACAGAAGGACCAGCUCAUUGAAGUCAUAGAGAAACUCCUUGCUGACAAAACCACACUGGUGGCAGGAAGCGUUGUCAUGGCGUUUGAGGAGGUGUGUCCGGAGCGCAUCGACCUGAUCCAUAAGAACUACCGGAAGCUGUGUAACCUGCUGAUUGACGUGGAGGAGUGGGGGCAGGUGGUCAUCAUCAACAUGCUGACGCGCUACGCCAGGACCCAGUUCCUCAACCCCAACAUCAACGAGUCUCUGCUGGAGGAGGGGGGCAGCGGCGAGAAGACGUUCUACGGCUCCGAUGACGAGGAGGACGAGGACGAGGAGGAAAAGGAGAAGAAAGCCGAGACUGCUGCCAUGGCCAAGAGGAAACCCUACGUGAUGGACCCGGACCACCGGCUGCUGCUCAGGAACACCAAGCCGCUCCUGCAGAGCCGCAACGCAGCGGUGGUGAUGGCUGUGGCUCAGCUGUAUUUCCAUCUUGCCCCUAAAGCAGAGGUUGGAGUGAUUGCGAAGGCCCUCGUCCGUCUCCUGAGGAGCCACAGUGAAGUCCAGUAUGUGGUUCUACAGAACGUGGCUACCAUGACGAUCAAGCGAAGGGGGAUGUUUGAACCGUACCUGAAGAGUUUCUACAUCCGCUCCACAGAUCCCACCCAGAUCAAAGUCCUUAAGUUGGAGGUUCUCACAAAUUUGGCCAAUGAGACAAACAUUUCCACCAUCCUCAGGGAGUUUCAGACGUACAUUAAAAGCAUGGACAAAGACUUCGUGGCCGCCACCAUCCAGGCCAUCGGCCGCUGUGCCACCAACAUCGGUGAGGUGAGGGACACGUGUCUGAACGGCCUGGUGCAGCUGCUGUCCAACAGAGACGAACUGGUUGUAGCUGAGUCUGUGGUGGUUAUUAAGAAGCUGCUGCAGAUGCAACCGGAGAAACACAGUGACAUCAUCAAACACAUGGCGAAACUGACAGACAACAUCCAGGUGCCCAUGGCGCGGGCCAGCAUCCUGUGGCUGAUUGGAGAAUACUGUGAGCACGUGCCCAAAAUUGCCCCAGACGUCCUGAGAAAGAUGGCGAAGUCGUUCACUAACGAAGAGGACAUCGUCAAGCUGCAAAUAAUCAACCUGGCUGCAAAGCUGUACCUCACCAACUCCAAACAGACGAAGCUGCUGACGCAGUACGUCCUCAACUUGGCCAAAUACGACCAGAACUACGACAUUCGGGAUCGGGCGCGCUUCAUCCGCCAGCUCAUUGUUCCCACAGAGAAGAGCGGCGCCCUCAGCAAGUACGCUAAGAAACUGUUUCUGGCCCUCAAACCUGCCCCGGUGCUCGAGUCUCCGUUUAAAGAUCGAGACCAUUUCCAGUUGGGGUCACUGUCCCACCUGCUGAACGCUAAGGCCGGGGGCUACCAGGAGUUGCCCGACUGGCCCGAGGCCGCCCCCGAUCCCUCCGUGCGCAACGUGGAGGUGAAGGAGUCUGUUUUUACGCUGCUUGAAAGAGUCACAACAUUAACGAGUGUGCCCGAAUGGACCAAAUGCAGCAGCCGAGAGAAGAGGAAGGAGAAGAAGGUGGAGAAGCCGUUCUACUCGGACUCGGAGGGCGAGUCUGGGCCCACGGAGUCGGCUGACAGUGAGUCGGACUCCGGCAGCGGCUCAGAGAGCGCCAGCGGCAGCGAGGUGAGCGCCUCGGGGUCAGAGAGCGAGGAGAGCGAGGAAGGCUCCGAGUCUGAGGAAGAGGAGCAGAAAGACAAGAAGAAGACCAAGAAAGAGCUGAAGAAGCCAGUGCAAGAAAGCGAAAGUGAGCAGAGCAGCGAAGAAGAGGAAAGGAAGCACGCGAGGAAGAGUAAAAUCAGUAAAAGCGAAUCCGAGUCUGAGUCCGAUGAAGAGGACGAGAGCGAGUCAGAGAGCAGCGAGUCGGAGUCUGAAGACUCCGAGUCUGAGGCUGAAGUCAAGAAGAAAAAAAAGGCAGCUGAAUCCAAGCCUCCUUGUAAACCUGUGAAGAAGGAAAACAAAAAAGAGAAGAAAGAAAUUUCUCUGCUCGACCUCGACGACUUUGACCCCACUCCGUCGCCUCAAGUCACCCCCGUCAACAGCUUCCUGUCCAGCAGCCUGGUGACGGACCUGGAGGGGUUGUCUCUGUCCGACUCGGUUCUGGCCCCGGCGACCAUGGCGCCGUCCAGCGCGCUGAAGAGCUACGAGCUGCUGCACCGCAUCACGGGCGAGGGCCUGCAGGUGGAGUUCUGCUUCAGCCGCCAGCCGUUCAGCCCCGACGCCAACAUGGUGGCGGUGCAGAUGCACUUCACCAACAACGCCAGCGCCGACGCCAAGAGCCUGCACAUGGAGGACGUGAAGCUGCAGUCUGGGAUGAGGGUCCGAGAGUUCCCAGAGAUCGAGCUGCUGCCGGCGGGUGAGACGGCCACCGCCGUGAUGGGCAUCGACUUCUGCGACUCCACGCAAGCGGCCAACUUCCAGCUGUGCACUCAGACCAGGAAGUUCUUCGUGUCGAUCCAGCCGCCGGUGGGGGAGUUGAUGAGACCCGUCUUCCUCACAGAGAACGAGUUCAAAAAGGAGCAAGGUCAGCUGAUGGGCAUGAACGAGAUCACGGAGAAGCUGACUCUGGACGCCACCUGCCGGAACGAACACACCAUCGUGCAGAGGGUGACGGCCGCCGCCAACCUCAGCAGAGUCCCCUGCGGCUCAGACAAGGAGUGCAGUCCUCCUGUGCCUCCUCCUGAUCAUCCUGUCUACAGGUUCGCCGGCAGGACGGUGACCAGCGGCAGCCUGGUGCUGGUCACCGUUGUGACCAGAGAAGAAGGAGCCGCGCAGCUGACGGUCAACUGUGAGAAGAUGGUGAUCGGCACCAUGCUGGUGAAGGACAUUCUGCUGGCUCUGACGCAGUGACCUGUGCUCCCAUUAACUCUCUGCACCCACCUCACCACACUCUCCUCUCUGUCAUCGCCCACCCUCACCGCAUCUGUAGCGUCGCCUCCAUUAGUCUGCAAGAAAUGACAGUCGGAAAGUUUCACCAUUGUUUUGGCUGAGCUGUCUUCUUUUAGAAAUUAUUAUUGAAUAGUUUAAUUUUGCCCGAAGACAAUCAGAAAUGAUUAUUUAUAAUUAGGCAUGAUGGGAAUUUUAAAUUAAUUAGUUUAAUUAGUUAAUUAUUCAAACGUCCCCUUUCUUGAGGGAAAAAAAUAUUUAGAACUUUCUGAUUUAAAACAAAUGACAUUGUAAUAGCAAAAUUACAGAUUAGAGAAAAGACUGGGGAACUCAACACGUUUCACUUGGUGCCAACAGGAUUUUCAUGAACGUGACUGCAGAGGGAAGCAGAGAUGUGGGGGUGGUGUUUUCCUGAGGAGCAGGAAACCGGUGCAUCAGAACUAAGCCCCCAAAUGUAAAACAAUGACCCCUUAUACAUCCAUCUAUUUAUUUUUUGUGAAAUUAUUUAGAAAAGGAUCUGAUUUAUUUGAGUAGAUGCACAAACCGGUCAGUUUUAGGUUUAAAGCUUGUUAAAACAGAAAAGACACUGUCAGGUCACCUUACGGUCAAUGUUGUGAGGUCAUUACUUGAAUGUAGCACAAAGGCUCGACAGAGACGACCGCCUGCAACCGAGUCAUUUCAUUAAAUGUGCACCGCUCCUCUGAAAACCUUCACCACUGGCCACAGUAGCUGUCACAAAGUGUAAGAGGGCGUUUCUGAAACCUGAACAUGUUAUUGUAUGUACCGCAACAUUAUACAGUGCAACUAUAAAGUGUAGUGUGUAUGAGUGUGAGUGUGUUUGUGGGCGUGAUGACAUUAAAUACUGACCUGACAAACAUUUA